UCCCCCUCCUGAGGAAGCAGAGGCGUGCUGUCUUUCUCCGCAGAGAGGGGACUCGAUCCGGCCAGAGAGGGCUCAAAUAAGAGAGGAGGGUCAGAAAUAAAGUACAGACCGCAAUGGGGGACGAGCUGAACCGCAGAGAGACGAGGACGGUCGCUUAAUCUGCCUGCGUUAUGAACGAUAUGCGGGGGAAACACACGACAGUUUAGGUCGCAGUGAUUUCACAUCAAAAGACGUUAAGGACCAACGGUCGGAAGUACCUGAAUACCUGCAGUGUGUUCCGCUCCAACGUUAGCCUCGGCUCGGUGACAUUGAGACACCGAGAGACACACAGGGGGUUUCGGGGUGCUACAAGACGGGACAGGAGGAGAAAGUUUCUCAAGCUUGGCGCAGACACAGCGGUGAAACAAUGCGGCUGACCCCGACAAAGUGUCUCUCAUCGGCAGCCCUGCUAAUCCUGCUGGUUGUCCGCUGGUCCGACAGCAUUUCGUUGUCUGCUCAAGAGGCGAACCAGUUUCUGAGCAGACACAGGAGAGCAAAUCAAGUUUUCGAGGAGACGAAGCAAGGACACUUGGAGAGGGAGUGUGUGGAGGAAAAGUGCACCAAAGAGGAGGCCAGAGAAGUGUUUGAAAACGACCCGGAGACGGACUACUUCUAUCCCAAGUAUUUAGCCUGUGUGGAGAAGUUUGGAGAUGCUGAAAAGAAGAAACAGGAUCUGGUUACAUGUGUCCACAAUAUUCCAGACCAGUGCUCUCCUUCUCCCUGUAAUGCCAGAGGUACGGUGCGCUGCGAGGACAAAAAGGGCGACUUCCUAUGUCACUGUUUCACCGGCUGGACAGGAGCCAGAUGCGAAAAAGAUGUCGACGAGUGCAGCAAAAGGAACGGAGGGUGUGACCAUGAGUGCAACAACACUAUGGGCAGUUACCGCUGCUCCUGUCACGAAGGCUACAUGUUGGUAGGACGCCACAUGUGUAACGAUGUGGACGAGUGUGAGGAUCCAGGGGUGUGUGGAACAGCACGGUGCGAGAAUAAGGAGGGCAGCUACGAUUGUUUGUGUGACAUUGGAUACGUCUACGACAAUGAAACCAAGAGCUGUGUUGAUGUGGAUGAGUGUGAGGCGCGUGUGUGUGCAGAGGAGUGUCUGAACACUCCUGGGAGUUUCCGUUGCUUCUGUGAUGGUCGUCAGGGCAUGAAGCUGGGCCAGGACCUCAGGAGCUGUAAGCCGAUAACUCCCUGUAUGUCGCCGUCUCUGAAGAGGAACUCUCGCUCCCUCUACCUGGGCCGCAUGUUCAGCGGCGUGCCGGUGGUGAGGCUGCGUUUCCGUCGGAGGAUUCAAACUGGCUUUUCUGCAGAGUUUGACUUCCGCACCUACGACCCCGAGGGGGUGAUCUUCUUCGCCGGAGGUCACCUAAACAGCUCCUGGAUCGUGCUGGCAAUGCAUCAUGGGAAGCUGGAGCUGCAGCUGAAGUACGGCACAGUCAGCAGGGUCACCAGCAGCGGACCCAUCGUCAAUGACGGCCAGUGGAGAAAGAUCUCGGUGGAGGAGCAGGGGCGGAGUCUAGUGAUUAAGAUUGACAGGGAGGCCGUCAUGAAGAUCGCAGUAAAUGGAGAUCUGUUUACGUUAAAGAAGGGCAUGCAUGAACUCAACCUCACUGUGGGAGGAGUCCCUUUCAAAGAGGACGGCCUCGUCAAUCAGGUGAACCCCCGUCUGGACGGCUGUAUGAAGGAGUGGAGGUGGUUGACUGGUGAAGAUACGUCCAUACAAGAAACCAUUCGGUCCAAUGACAACAUGCAGUGUUUCAGCACCGAAGAUCCUGGAGCAUAUUACCCCGGCACAGGCUUCGCCCUCUUCAACAUCAGCUAUGAAUUGCAGAACCUGAGCGUACAGUUGAUCCUGCGUCCCACCUCUGCAAUCGGUGUGCUGUUUGCACUUGUUCACCAGGACAGAGUCCCUCUCUCCAUCACUCUGGCCGACUAUCAUCCCGGCAUGGAUGAAUGGAGAGAUUUUGUUCUGGUAUCUAUAGGUGAUGUCAUCAUUGCCAGCUCUCCUGCCCCCCUGUGUGAUGGUGAGAGUCACGAAAUCCAGGUGACGAUCUCAGGCAACCAGACUCUGCUGCUGGUCGAUGGAGAGUCUGGACGUAGUGAAGACACCGAAAUUCCUCAUGACCUGUUUUCCCUGUCCAGCACCUUUAUAGGAGGUCUACCUGAUGUUCCUCUGGUGUCCACGCUGGUGUCGGCGCCCUACAGCGGCUGCAUGGGGGUCAGUAUUAAUGGACAGUCUCUGGACUUGGACCAGGCCAUCCAUAAACACAACGACAUCCGCUCACACUCCUGCCCCCUGCUGGACUCUCACCAGUGACCAGCGCACCAGUCUGCCAAAACUGAUCCAUACGCAGUUCAUUGAGGCAAUGGGGAUUAUUCCAAUAUAUUUAUAAAAGCUUUGACCAGUGGGGAGAUGUUUUAGAUUGGAAUGUAAAAAAAAAAAAAAAAAGAAGGCUGGAUCAGGUGUUGUGGUUCAGCUGGAGCCUUAGCCCAGGAUCACCCUGUCCUUUUACUGUGAUGACACUGCUGCCUAGAGGCAUCUGCAGGGAUUUUCACAGUAUUCUGUCAGUAGUCAGCCAGAGAGCGAUGUCCCCAGUACUAGGCAGAAGAUACGGGAAUAAAUGCUGCACAACAUUGCCUCAAAAACUGCCCAUGUAUCACAGCCUUGUAAGCCCGUAAGAACACGCAGGGCCUUAUCUCGAUCAAUGUCCAGUGGCUGGUCUCGGGUCAGCCUACUAAGCCUGGUGUCCUGUGCUUAGAUGCAGAUGUGACUGGAACUUUGUAGGCAGACUCUUCGCUGCAGCGGUCAUGUUGCUUACACCCAGUCCACCUAAGGCCCACGCUCACAGAGCUUGAAAUAAUCAAGUGCUCAUGUAGAAUCCGAUGAAAACAACGGGGACCAGAUAAAUAGUCCUUCAUCAGCUACCCCACUCAGAGAAAAUGUGUGAAUAGGUGCUUAGAUCUGCAUGAGUGACUUUAGGGGUUGAUUGGGGACUAAAUUUGCUCCUAACAAGCUGAAUCUCCUCCGUCACCACAGCAGGGGUGGCGUGCUAUUAGGCACAACUCUGUGUUCUGUAGACAACCUUGCACAUCGUUGCAGGCAGGAAUGGACUGCCUGCGAAGCCAUUUUCUUGAUUUGUUCUCGACUAAAGCAGCACUCCAUGUCUGCCUGCAACUUUAAAAAUCAACCAUGUGCCUACAAAGAACAACCAACCCAAACUUCUCAACAGCGUCCCUCUAGACAGGUGAAUCAUUUCACAAAGAUGCAGUACUGUAACACACGAGCAGAGCUAAUGCUUCUCUAAAUGAAACGUUGUACUCAUUGCAGUUAACACACUAUGCAUUUCCACCUGUGCAUUUUGGAGUAUCUUUUAAAGACCAACACCCUUCUCAAUAAUCGUCUGUCACUAUCUUCGUCACAACGGCCCCUUCUUUCCCUCAGAAUCACCCACUUACAGUUAAAACCUGCCAUAUACCGAUCUGAGGAUGAUACGUUAGUCUCAGAAGCACAGGGAGACAAGAGGGGGCCCUCUCCAUGUAGGAGAGAGUGAGCACUGCAUCAAACGCACCACACAAGCUACUGAGAGUAAAAAGAGUGCGCUGUAAUAUACUGAAUAUGUAAAUAAUGUGACUGUACAAUGCUUUAUAGAAGACAGAAAACAAAAACACUACCUUACGCUCACUGAGGUUUUCUGCACAUUCAUGUUGAUCCAAAGUCAAACUGUAAUCUGAGUCUCUCGGCUUCAUCUGCUUCCUUAAAAAAAUGUUUGAGCAACAAAUGCGCAGUUAUUUUCUUGAAAUAGGAAUCGUGAGACCGUGAGAGCAAUAGCCAGGGAUCAAAGUAUCGUAACUCUUCAGUUUUUUUAAAAUUUGAUUUAAUAGGUGCUGAGCAAAUCAAAACACAAUAAAAACAAAGAAUGUCAGGAGCAUUGUGACUGAGAAUGCCAAAAGGGCUCCAGCGUUAUUUUACUUCCCUCUGUAAUGUAUCAUUUUCUAGUUUUUUGAUGAAUGAAUGCCAGAAUAUAGAGCUUGACGAGUUAUUGUUUUUUUAUUUUUAUUAUGUGUUGUAUAUUGAACUUGUCUUUAGUUUUCAUUUUUCACUUUAACUGCCAGUAUGUGUACAAUACUGAGAGGAGUCUGCCUUUUGAGUUUUAACUUCCCUCAACAGUGAAAAUCCUAUUUAAAAAAAAAAAAUAAAAGCAGUUGUAUGAACAUCAUAGAGUAAAAUUGUAUUUUCAAAAAAAUGCAUUUGUAUCCUGUGUGGUUACUUAAACCUGUGUGACAUGUUGGUUUACCUAAUGUGCUAGUCAUUUCCUGUUCAGCUUCAGACUGUAGUGAGUGGAGCAAAACAACAUGAAUUCAACUUUUUAUUUCUAAGAGGAAGAAUUAUGUGGUUUCGUUGAAAAGUUACAUACAUAGUCUUCACUUUAAGGUGAAACAAUACAGUGAAAACAGUGGUAGUAAAAAUUGCACUGGUGAUAUUGAGAUUUUAAAGGAAAGGUUUGACAUCAUAGGAAAUACUUUCUUGCACAGAGACAAGAAGAGUGAUAACCUUCACGUGUGUACAUUAAAGGGUAACUUACUCA